AUGUCUGGCUUCCUUGGCUACCUGCACGCCAUCCGACUUUUCCAGAGCGGUCUGGUUUUUGCCGGCUGUACGACCAUUAUCUGCGCCGGUCUGACUUUCAGUACUGCUACGAUGGUUCGCAGCAAUGGCAUACUAGCUGGAAUACCCUUUCUCGUGGAAGCAGUCACCACUCUCUUGGCAAUGUUUUCCCAGGGCCUUUCGGCUUCGCGGGUUUUUCAGCUAGCCUCGAUCGUGUUUGCGGGUUUACUGGUGGCAUGCGGCAUGGUGUACCCGCAAGGACUAGCAUACAAGGACUAUUGCUACGGCCGUGCCACCGAGACCAGGAGACCUUGGUGUAACCAGACAAUACCAUCCAUAUUCACCUGGGUCCAAUCUCACUAUUGGAAUGUUGGCCCCUUUCGCUACUGGACUGUAUCGAAUCUACCGCUGUUUAUAUUGGCGGCACCUACACUCUCGGUUUUGAUAUACUCGGCCGUGGAUGUCCUCCGACGCCCGCAGUUUCUCAGCCUAGAGACGCAGCAAGCGCCAGCUACCUCUUCUGCCGGAAAACGCGCAUUGCUGAGCCUGGCCCUCCCUCAACUCGUGCUUGCAGUCCUCGCGCUCACAAGUUAUCACGUCCAAAUCAUCACGAGGUUGUCCUCCGGGUAUCCCCUGUGGUACAUAUGGCUGGCGACCGAGCUUCAGACGGAGCCGAAGCGAUCCUCGGUAGUCAUUCGGUGGAUGGUCAUCUAUGGUCUGGUUCAAGCUGGGCUGUAUGCGUCAUUUCUGCCUCCGGCCUAA